UAAUUCUUAAGAAAGAAAAAAAAUUAAAAGAGCAAAUAAAUAAAUAAAGAAGUUAAUUAGACAUUUAAUAUUAAUAUGUUAAUUUAAAAUCUAGAUUUGUUUUCCUAACAUUUUUAAUUUAACUUUGGUCAUAAACAAACAAAGAAGGCUACUUUAUUUGGAAGCUUUUUGUCGGUUAUUGUUGUUGUGACUGCACUUGCUUAUUUCAUUUAUAUGAUAAAUGAGUAUGCGACUAAUUAGUUAUAGCCGAAUUUUAAAUAGCAAAGCUUUGUGAGCGAACAAAAUAUUGAAUUAGAUAUCAAAAAUGAUUUAGUUGGAUAUAAAUUUAAUUAUGGAAAUCCUUAGCUGAAAAAUUAGAAUUAUUUUGUUGUUCUUGCAUUUUUCGCUUAAAAAGUUAACAAUAAUUCUACUAUAAUUCCAUUAAAUACGAUUGAAUGUAGUCAUCCUAGUUUAGCUGGUUAUAUGUGCUUUGAUUUUUCUAAUUUACCUUACACUAAAAUUAACUUUGACUCCAAAAAUAAUAUUUAAUCUUAAAUAAGAAUCUUUACUUAUGGUUGCAGGGAUAUUGAUUUUUUAAAAACGCAAGAAGGAGUCAACUGCGCUAGCUAGAAGGACAUUGAUAGUAUGAUAGAUAACUACAGUUCUAGUAUUUCAUUAAAGUUAUUUACUUCUUAGUAUAACACAACAUCCUAACAGAUGUAAACUAACUAUAGAAACUUAGGAAUGCCAACAAAUUCCAAUCUCAAUGUAAUCAGCUAAAUAAAGGCUUAAAAGCAAGUUACUUCUGUCAAAGAAGGAGUCUUUGUUCAAUCAUAGAGUACUUACACCUCUCCUAUUUCAUACGAUUAAUAGACGCUUACUCUUGAUAGAAAGAAUACACUCUAAUAGAGUGGUAUUGGAUCUUUUAGUAUGAUCUACUUGUAUCUUGAUGAAUUAGUAUUCGAAACAGAUAUUUAGUUUCUAACUUUACCUUCGAUUCUUGCUAAUAUUAACAGUAUAUUUAGUCUUUUAAUGAUUUUAGGCUAUUUUGGAAGGGCUAUCUCCUUAAAAUAUAUCCAAAAGGAUUUCUUUAUGCUUUUCUUAAAAAAUUUGUUUAUGGAAGAUUAUUUGCACAUUUUAAAAUCUAACAAUUUACAUGUUGAAAUUGAUUAACAGUAAUAAAAGCAAUUUUAAAAAAUUGAAUUAAGAUCUAAUUAAGAUGAAAUUGAAUUCAAAAUUGAUUACGAAAGAGAAGAAAACUUCUUUGAAUCUGCAAUGAUUCCAGAAUUUAGCAAUAAACCGAAAAAGUCCCUUGACUUAAAAAAGGCAACUACUGAUACAUAAAAUUAUUUAAAUAACAAAGGAACACCAUUCAAUUAAUCAAUCAUUCAAAAGAAGCAAGAUAAUAGUACUCAAACUUAGUUAUAGCAAGAAGUCAGAUUUUUUUCUGUAUAAGAAAAUACAUUUAAUCCAGAAUCACCAAAUCAAACUCUUUAGCAGAUGCAUCAAAAAAGCUCUAAUUUUAGCAAUGUAUUCUUAGAUUCUGGAUUUUAGUCAUCAGCUUAAAAAAUAUAUGACCAUUCAUCCAAACAGACAAGUCCUAAAUCUGCUUUAAAGCGAAACAUAAUUUAACCUAAUUUUAAAAAUAAUACAAUUAAUCAAUCGAUCCUAACAAAAGAAGCCUCAUAAGCAUAAAAACAAAGAAAAGAAUCUGAUUAAUAUGAAUUUGCUGUUAAGAAGCUGAAAAUAAUUUAAGAUUCAAAAAUAUCUUCAAAGAUAUAUACAAUGGCUUCGAAGUUUGUUUGUUUUUGCAGAAACUAAGCAGCACCUUAGAUUAAUGGUUUGGAUAGAUAGAAGUAGGAGUUUAUUGAGUAACAAAUUAUGAAAGAUCUGAACAUAAUUAAUUUUAUCAAAGACAUAAUAUUCUUAAAAAAGGCAAUAAUGCUUAUGUUAACUAAAGACUAACAUGCUGCCAUUUAGUUAAUUGGACUUUCAUCUAAAUUUACAAAUUUAAAUAAUCUAACUAACUUUGAAAUAAGCAAUGCACAGUUAGAGAAUGACUUUAGUCCUUACGAAUCUCAGUUUAUAAUUGCAUAAUCUAAAGAAUUACAAGAGCGCUACCUUCAAAGCUUCCUACUCAGGUGUUCAGAUGAGUAAGAAGAAAUGAGCAAUUUAGAUUUAAAAAUUUUUAAAUCAUUAAAAAAAAUAUGUUGUUUAUGAUACGAUGAUCAUAUUUCUCAAGUUAUAGACUUAUCAACCAACACACACUUUUGAUAUUAAUUACAAGUAUUACCUUUAAAAUUUUCUUCUUCAAAACUCAUUUCAAGUGCAAUAAAUUGCAAGGAUUUGAUUGUAAGUAAGAAAGGAUCUAACUAAUAAAAUUAAUUAUUACUGAUAAUUUUUAAAUUAGUACAUUAAUCACUAGACAAA